AUGAAUGCGGCUUCUGGUGUUGAUCUUUCAGAAAACAAGCAAAACAACUUGCGGUCUUUGCUUGUCGCUAUGAUUGUCCUUCCGACUGUCGUUGUUGCCAUUAGGUUUUGGUCUCGAUACUUGUCACCAGCCUUCUCAAUCUCCCAUAUGCCCACUCGAUUCUGGUGGGAUGAUUGGACUGCGCUCACGGCUACAAUUCUCAAUGUCGCAGUGUGCGUCCUGGGGCUCCGUCUUGUUGACCUUGGAAUGGGGCUGCAUAUUCAGAUCGUUCCACAAAAGAACUUGGAGCCUUUUCUUAAAUUACUCUGGGUUGAAUACUUCCUCUUCGACACUGGAACAGCCGUCGCGAAAACAUCGGCUCUCUUCUUCUACGCGCGUGUCCUUGGAGUGAUGAAUCGGUGGUUCAAAUACACGUUGUGGGUAGUUCAUUUUGCCAACGCUGCAUGGCUAAUUGGUAUCCUUUUUGGCGUCAUUUUCGAAUGCUCUCCAAUUCAGAAGGCGUGGAAAGUCGCCUUAGAAGGGACAUGCGUCAAUACCCAGAUGCUAUGGCUUGCCAGCGGGAUCACCAGUCUUCUCAUUGACUGUGUCAUUCUCUUAAUGCCCCUUCCACUGCUUUGGAAGCUUCAGAUGAAGAAGACGCGGAAGCUUCAAGUUUGCGGGGUGUUUCUUUGUGGAUACAUGGUUGUCGUGGUAUCUAUAGGUCGGCUGGUCACCAUUGUACAGGCUGGUAGUAGCCUGCAGACUGACCCAACCUUCAAAAUUGCAACCCCGGUCUUGUGGUUAGGCUCUGAGAUUGCAAUCUCUGUGGUCAGCGUUAGUCUGCCGAGCCUCUUGUUUCUAAUCCAACGCGGGGUCCGUGAUGGUCCUUGGUCCUUGAUCAGCACUCGGGGUGGUGGUUCAAGGUCUAGGCUUAUGAACGCUGCCGGCACCCGUAGUCACCCGUACUCUCGCGACGACAAUAGCACGGAGCUUGGGAAACCGUCAUUUGAGCUUUCCUCAGUCAAGAUACCUGGAGAAUGUGGCUCCAACUCCCAUGUCACAGCUAUUGAGGCAAGCAAAGGCACUGAGUCAGGUAGUGACGGUCGGAUCAAGUUUCCAGCUCCGACUGGAAUUCAUGUGCGCAAUGAUAUUGUCAUUUCUUGA